AUGGCUACUCGUUUUAUUGCAAAGCAAAUUCUGCGCCGUUCUGUUUUUGCUGUAAGUAAAGCAGCUUCAACAGAAGGAGAUCUAGUACCAAAAGGCUUCCUCGCAGUUUAUGUUGGGGAGACCCAAAAGAAAAGAUUUGUGGUUCCAGUAACUUUCUUGAACCAACCUUCAUUUCAAGCUUUGUUGAGUAAAGCUGAAGAAGAGUUUCGCUUUGAUCACCCUAUGGUUGGUUUGACAAUUCCAUGCAGAGAAGAGACUUUCAUUAAUGUCACUUCCCAGUUGAACGGGUAAGAAUAGGCAAGUCAAGCCAUUGAAGAUUGCCUAUAUAAUGGGUGAUGUAUGACUCACCUGUCAUCGCCUUCUGCCUAGAAUCACGAUUGCGAGCUAUUUUCAUUAGUGGAACAUUCAGUAACAGGUCAUUCGUUUUUCAAAUACCACGGCAUGACUUAAAAGGCGACCUAACCUGUCCAAGUUCCUGUGGUUGAAGCAUUUGAAGAUUCCGGAUUAAUCAAUUACGCCUGGCAAAGCCUCAUGAACGACAAGAGCCAGAGAUGGUGAAAACAACUGGACACAAUCUAUUCUUAUCAGCCACGAACCAAAUCAAAGAAUCAAACUUGUAAUUUUGUAUUUUUAUGAAAAGAGAACAAGGGGAAAAAAAUCC